AUGCCCAAUAAGUCGUCCUGGGAGCCCGGGAUCGCCAACGUGUCGUGCCCGGACCCCACUCUGGGCUGCGUCAACGCGUCCAGCCCGGAGCCGCUGCCGUCGCUGCUGGCUGUGGCGGUGCCCGUCGUCUACGCGGUGAUCUGCGCGGUGGGACUGGUGGGCAACUCUGCCGUGCUGUACGUGCUGCUUCGGGCGCCCCGCAUGAAGACCGUCACUAACCUGUUCAUUCUCAACCUGGCCAUAGCAGACGAGCUUUUCACGCUGGUGCUGCCCAUCAAUAUCGCCGACUUCCUGCUGCGGCGGUGGCCCUUCGGGGAGCUCAUGUGCAAGGCCAUCGUGACCAUCGACCAGUACAACACCUUCUCCAGCCUCUACUUCCUCACCGUCAUGAGCGCCGACCGCUACCUGGUGGUGCUGGCCACGGCGGAGUCGCGCCCGGUGGCGGGCCGCACGUAUGGCGCCGCGCGCGCCGUGAGCUUGGCGGUGUGGGGGUUCGUCACGCUCGUGGUGCUGCCCUUCGCCGUCUUCGCCCAGCUCGACGACGAGCAGGGCCGGCGCCAGUGCGUGCUGGUCUUCCCGCAGCCUGAGGCCUUCUGGUGGCGGGCGAGCCGCCUUUACACGCUAGUGCUGGGCUUCGCCAUCCCGGUGUCCACCAUCUGCGUCCUCUACACCACCCUGCUGUGCCGGCUGCGCGCCAUGCGGCUGGACAGCCAAGCCAAGGCCUUGGGCCGGGCCAAGAGGCGGGUAACCCUACUGGUGGUGGCGAUCCUGGCCGUGUGCCUCCUCUGCUGGACGCCCUACCACCUGAGCACCGUGGUGGUGCUUACCACUGACCUGCCGCAGACGCCGCUCGUCAUCGCCCUGUCCUACUUCAUCACCAGCCUGAGCUACGCCAACAGCUGCCUCAACCCCUUCCUCUACGCCUUCCUGGACGACAGCUUCCGCAGGAGCCUCCGACAGCUGAUAGUGUGCCGGGAGGCCGCCUGA